GGGUGAAGAGCCACAGGUUUGAUGUCUCUGCUGUUUAUCCUGAGCAGAAGAAGCUGAGAGAAGCUUCGUUCCAUGAGCUACUCCCACUUAGGACCUGGGACCUAUGGCUGCAAGGAGACCUGCUUCAGCAAGAAAAAGGUCAAGAAGGAGGGGCAGAAGGACAAGCUCGGGCCCGGCUCCUACAACUUCAAAGACUUCUUAGAACAGCUGCGGCAGAAACCGUGCAGCAACCGGGGGCUGCUCAGCUCCGGGGAGCUUCGCUUUCAAGGACUCAUCGGGAACUACUAUCCAGGCCCUGGGAAUUAUGGAGAGAAGGGCAACCCAUACACAAAGCUGGAGAAGAAGGCCUGGGACCGGUCUCACUCCGAGGGCCUCAUGUGCCGGAUGACCAACAAGCCGCACCCCUUGGGUCAUGAGGGCAGUGGCCUGGCACCAUGCACCUACUCCUUCAAAAGUGGCAUAGAGGCAUACGUGGCACGCGCCAUGGGCACCCGCGGCCCCUACGACACUUUCUCCGGCGACCGAAGCAAGCCCCAACCUUACGGACAUUUCUCUGUGCAGAAAAAAAAGCCCAGUGAGCUGAUGAAUGUUAAGAGCUUCAUGGAAGAACUUAACGCUGCUUGCAAUAAGAAGCGUGGGAUGUUUUCGAAACUUUCCCGCAACCCAACAACCCCUUCGGAGAGGAUUUACUGGAGCACCCUCAGCCAGUGUCCCCGAAAACUAGCCACGUCUGGGCCGGGCAUGUGGCUUCCUCCAGAGAAGGAAUGCAAACGGGGCACCCAGCCACCGUUCCUGCUGUCCUCCAAGCGGACAAGCGGGAGGAGCAACCAGAUGCUUCUGGGGAGCUGGAACCCUGUAGGUGUGGGCUACUACCUCAACACCUGGCUGAUGGAGAGCAAGGACCAGCAGCAGCGAUAUCGGUCCCUGUUCAUGGGCGGAGCCAAGCGCUAUCCCUCAAACCCAGCCCGGGACAAGUUCUUGCAGGAAAGGAUCACACCUUUUACUAAGGGGAAGUGCCUUACCACUGUGGAUUAUAAUUCGGAUCCUACUCCUUGAAGCCACAUGUGAAGGACAGUCUGCGGUGACCAGAGGGCCCAAAGGACUGAAGACAAAUCCGGGGAUCGGAGGGUGGAAGUGGGGAUGGAGGGGUCUUGGAGAGAGGACACUUGGGGAUGCCGGGGAGAGGGGUGAGAUGUGGUGGUGGGAUCACUUCUGUUGGAGACAACUCCCUGGGUCACAGUGUCUGCUGGGACAUCUGGAGCCAGGUAUCUUUUGAUAUGAGAGCUCAGUUAUCCUGAGAAUUCAAACUGGCCAGUGACAUGGACAUGGGAGCCAGACAGCAGAUGGACCGAAGGGGUGGCAUACGGUGGGCACUUUUGGGACCCCUUCUAUUCUACAGCCAAAGUGCUCGACUCCCUGUUCAUUAAAUUCCAAGAGGCGGCGGAGUGUGGCGUGUGUCAUAAGGCAGCUCUAGGUCCCCAGCAGGAGCACUCCGUCUCCAUCCAUUUUGCAGGCGAGGAAAUAGUUUUCACAGGGUUCACUUGCCAAAAUUUGUUAGAUCACAACCUGGUGGCCAAUCCAGGACUGUAGCCCAGAGCUCCUGACAACCAGGUCUGGUGCCUUAAAAAAGAUACUCCUCCCUCCCCCUGUCCUAGCCGGGUUG